AUGGAUGGUGUUAUUAAGUCAAACACAUUAUCUCUCUACUUUGGGGGAAAGAAGUUUUGCACAACUGUUGAAACGCUAACUCAUAGGGAGCCCCGUUCGAUGCUUGCUGCCAUGUUCAGUGGUCGCCACACUCUUUGCAAGGACUCUGAGAAGGGAUAUGUGUUUAUUGACAGGGAUGGGAAGCAUUUUCGGCAUAUUUUGAAUUGGCUGAGAGAUGGUGUAGCUCCCAUUCCCAAAUUGUCUGAUUUGGAGCGUUCAGAGCUUUUGCAGGAAGCAGAGUACUAUCGGCUUCUUGGAUUGGUGGAUGAAAUAAAUGAAGUCUUGAAUAGGAAGAAGGAUGAAGAAGUGGAAAGUGAAUUAACACGCACUGAUAUUAUCAAAUGUAUACAAUCUGAAAAAGUCAGAUUAAGAGGAGUGAAUCUUUCUGGGCUUGAUCUUUCAAAACUGGACUUGUCGGGUGUGGACUUCAGCUUUGCAUGCCUGAAAAAUGUGAAUUUCUCAUGUGCUAACCUUUAUCGUGCUAAAUUUCAGGAGGUAGAUGCUGAAAAUAUCCUUUUUCACAAUGCAACAUUGAGCUAUUGUGAGUUCACAAGAGCUAAACUUCGUGGAGCUUCUCUGGAGGCGGCUAAUCUUUCGUGUGCAAAUUUACAGGGCCAGUAG